AUGCCCAACAUCAUGCGACGAUACAACUUACAAGACCCACUUUCGGUCUUGUUUAUCAGUGCAUCCACACUACAAGAUGUAACAGACACAGCACAAGGAGAACAAUAUAGACUACACUGCCAGCGUACUCUUUGGCAUAUGAUCGAACGACAUUCUCGUUGUAAUCGAUAUACCACAUUAAAUAUACCCCGUGAUACAGAAGAACAAGGUGAUGAUGAUGAUGAUGAUGAUGAUGCCAGCAGUUGUAGUAGUGAUGAAGCUUAUGCUUUUGCUACUGUCAUUCAUUAUGAAAAUGGUGUCCGAAAGAAACCACAAAAGACGUAUGCUCAGAGAUUUUCAUACCAAACUCAAAAACCAAACAGUUAUCCUGAUAGUGAUUAA